GACGGGGACGAAGAAGCCACAGGGAAAGGCCAGCUCCUUCGAUACAAUCAAUCUAUAGCUAUGGCGCUUUGUGUUUCGGAGACUUUUGUGCUCCUUAUAUACAAUCUAUAGCUAUUGCGCUUUCUGUUUCGGAGGCGCUUGUGUUUCUCUCUCGCUGUGAUUCUACGUUUUUCGCCAACAUGAUUUCUGCAACUGAGCUCAAAUCCGUUGAUUUUUACAGCAGAAAAAUCCUGAGAGGUUUGACUGAGGCACGAUUAUCCAUAGUGGCAGUUCCCUUCAUGAUGUUAUUGUUUGGAAUGGAACCAAGUUAUUUGACUGUUAGCGCCUCAACAUCUGUGAUUGUUGACAAGAGCUCUGAUCAUCACUAUUUACGUAAUUUCAAUAACAGUUUCCCUGAAGUCUCAUACGAGUUUGCAUCAACUGAUGUGGGUGAUAUGGUGGAAACAGAAAGGAUCAAUAUAGAAAAAACCGUUCGCAAGUUUUCUAGUGAUUCAAAUUCAGGACUGACUAGCGCUGAGUUUCGUUCGGAUACAAUUACAAAUGUUGUAAAGCAUGAUGGUGAAGUAGAUGGAGAAUCUGUUGAAGGUUCAUUUUCACUCACAACACAUAAUUUUGAUAAUUAUGUUUAUCAGUUUCCAAUUACAGUUGUAAAUUUUUAUACACCUUGGUGUUCCUGGUGUCAGCGUUUGGAACCUGCAUGGGAUAAAACAACUAAAAUUAUGAUAGAGAGGUAUGACCCAGAAAUUGAUGGGCGCAUUAUUUUGGCAAAGGUGGAUUGCACUCUAGAGGCUGAUUUAUGCAGGAGGCAUCACAUACAAGGGUAUCCAUCUAUUCGAGUCUUUCGUGAAGGAAGUGAUGUAAGAAAAGUACAUGGGCAUCAUGAACACGAGACCUAUUAUGGAGAUCGUGAUACAGAAAGCCUUACCCAGUUUGUGGAGAAUUUAGUUGCAUCCCUCCCAAGGGUUUCAUGGACAAACGCUGCAUGAAAGAUUUCUAAUAUGUAUAGGCGAACUACGUUGAUUAAAUAAAGCUUGCAUGAAGCACACGUUGAAAUAAUCGUCUGAAUAAUGUAGGUUUAAUUUGUCGAAGUAUUUGAAGGAACACUAAAACUCAAACCAAAAAGUCCUUCUUUGCCCAUAUAAGUAGAUUUUUUUUCCCCUUUCUACUGUAUUUAUGGCAUGAUGAAUUUAGUGCAAGAAAUAAGUUUGCAUACAUUCUUUUUCUUCUACUUUAUUAA